UCCAUUACCAGUUACCUAUUAUUGGGGAAUGCUUCGUGGAGCAACAGUGCUGAGUGGGCGAGCCGCCGCUGCCGCCGUGAUGGCGACCGUCACCACAACGCGAUCUAAAUCCUCGCUGAUCAUGUCGCGCAUGCUCAACCAGGAGAUGAAGCAACUGGCGGAGCAGCGCAAGCACGAAGAGCGCGCGCGGCUGAACGAGCUCAAGCAAGCCAAAACGACCGAGAUGCAGAUGCUGAUUGCCGAGAUGCAGCGACCGUCCCCGCGAGCUCAGAGUGCGCAGCAGAGCAAUGCUGCAAGUGCGUUGUCAGCAGCCGCGGGUGCGAGUGCGCCGCCGGCAACGUCGAGCUCAGGCUCGGUCUUGGCGCAGCAACACGAGGCCGAGACGAAGGUUGACAUGUCAUCCAGCACUGCCAACGCCAACCGGAGCGCAUCGUCGGAUGGUGCAGGCGAUGAUGUAACGAGCACCGAGAGUGCUGCUGCUGGUGCUGCUGCGAGUCGCGGUCGAGGCCGACGGACACGAGCUCGACUGGCUGCCAUGAAACAGUCAGACGAGACGGCGGAUCACACGGCCGAUGCCCCUGCCGGCCACCGCAGGCCAUCCCUGGGGAUUGGCGCAGACCAGUACUUGAAGCAGCUGCAAGAGAAGGAGCCGCCGCAGGCGCGCGGUCGCAAGGGUGGACGUGUUGAUGUCAACUUGGACCAGAAUCUGAGCGGCGAUGGCGAGCGACGCUUGGAUCUGAGCAACCCAGCUGACUUGAAAGAGUCCAUUCGUCGUCGCAUUGCACAGUGGCAAAAGCCGGGAAACGCCUACAAGCCCACAGAGCCAGAUUUGCAGUUUGCCAACCGAUUGUUCCAGCUUCCGUCGCAAAUCGUUACUUCCACCUCUGAUAUUGGGCUCCAUUCUCCUCCCGAAAAGUAUCCCGAGUUUGCCGUCAUUGGCCGCAGUAAUGUUGGCAAGAGCUCGCUCAUCAAUGCCCUUGUUCAUUCGACCACUCUCGUUCGAACCUCUGCCACCCCUGGCCACACCAAAACACUCAACUUUUUCAGCAUUGGAAGGCGAAUCGGCGUUGUUGAUUGCCCUGGAUAUGGCUAUCGCGCACAAGAGGAAUGGAUGGACAACCUGGGUACCAUGCUUUCAACGCGCUCGACCAUUCGCCAGGUUUUGCUGUUGAUCGACCCGAUGCAUGGCUUGAAGACGACCGAUCUUGAGGUGAUGCAGCUGCUGGAGGAGCUCGAAAAGCCAUUCCAAAUUGUGUUUACCAAGAGCGAUCGCAUGGAUGGCAAGCUGGACAUGGCCGUGAUGCGAGCCACCGAGAUUAUUGCUAGACAAACCACGCACUGCAUGCCAUUCCCUUUCCCGGUCAGCGUGCUGCAAAACAAGGGCCUGGGUGUGUUGCGCCACUCGAUUCUUCGAGCGCUUGACGUCAACAAGGACAAUUGGCGACCGCAGCUCGAGCGUCCUUCCGAUCUUCGCGCUGCGGCCAGAGCAGAGGCAGCGCAGCCCAGUUCAUCGGACGAUGAUGCCCCUCCAGCAACGGUGGCGAAAGCCCCGCCUUCAGGUCCGCUGUCCGGCAAGGCGGCGCUGAAAGCCGAAAUUGUGCGCUUGGCUCAAGAGCUCAAGGAGAUUGAGCAGAUGGCUGCGGAAUUGCCCGAGACGCAGCUCAUGUCACUCCGAGAAGAGAAGGACCAGCAGCGACGCGAGCUCAAAGCGGCUCAGCUCGGCCAGAAUGAGGACGAAGACGACGAGGAUGAGGAUGGAGACGACGACGAUGAUGACGACGAUGAUGACAGCGACGAUGACAGCGACGACGACGAUGAUGAUGAUGAUAUGCAAGCGUCAGAGCUCGCGGACGAAAUGCGCGCGUUUGACGAAUGGCGCGAGCAAACCCAACAAAGCCGGAACCAAUCGUGGGCGCGCAUCAUGAACGAGCCAGCUGCGAAAUCGCCCUCUGGAGGUCGUGGUCGACGACGAUAGCUUUGUGCCCCCAACAAACGAUGACCUUGUGAAACGUUGUAUAACAGUAUAUUUGCUUUGUGUCGUCUGGCCGAGAGAGUUAAAAAAAAAAAAAAAAACAGCCAACAAAAACAAAUCCAGAAUUGGCCUAGUCAACACGAAG